UUGUUCUGGUAAUCAUGGCGUGCGUCGCAGCGUUUAUUACUCUCUUGUUGUUGUCUCGCCUGGCGAGCAGUGAAAGGGCCAUGUGUCAAGACGUGCAGGCAGAAUGCAAUAGAGACGAGGCGUGUAAGCCAUUCCAGGAUGCUUAUCUGCGAGACUGCGGGCAGGAGUAUACGGAUCAUAGUGUAGGAUGCAGGGAAACCUGCAGGGUGAGCUACUAUAAACUACUGAGCAACGUGAUCGGCCGGAGAUAUUACCGAUGCGACUGUGGAAAGGGAAAUUUUGGGCAAACUUGUACAUCGUUUACCAACAAUCUCUUGGGCAACUGUUUUGGAGGUGUUUUUCCGACGCCUCCGCCUGUUGCAAAUGGUUCGGUGACGGUUUCGUCUAGUUCUUGUAAGUUUAUUAGAUGGUUGUGUCUGCUCGAUCAGACUUGCCCUGCGCUGAAUGUGUCGCUCGAAGGUGCGUGCUCGCAUGCUUUCUCCGGCUUGAACUGCUCGCAGACCUGCAAACAGACGUACUCCGCAUUGCUGCAGCAUUCUAUUGGUAGAAGGAUGUAUGGUUGUUCUUGUGAUGGUGAUGCAAAGUGCAAUGCGAGUGAGACGAACUUGUUUCGCGUGUGCAAUGGAAGCAUGUUGCUACCGACAGAUGCCACGCCUUCCAUUGGGACUUGUGAGGCUUUCUAUGAGAAAUGUUUUGUUAACGACUCUGGAACGUGUGGAAGUGCGUUCACGUUGGUGAACGGGUCGUGCAGUGCGUCGAUCAGGCAGCAGGCCAAUCAAACUGUUUGCCCUGCAACGUGUGCAACUGGACUGAAGAGUUUGGUGGAGAAUGUUGCAUAUGCUAGUGAUAUACUGAGCUGCAGAUGCAUGGAUUCUCGCUCUUCCAUGUGCAAUACAAUUUCAAUAUACCAGAAGCUAUUCACUUUUUGUCAAGUUACUACACCUGGCUCAUACCCACCCACCUCAUGUGAAGGACUCCAACAACUGUGUGUGCAGUACCUUGGUGCACAGUGUGGGAGUUCACUAUUACGAGUGUUUGGACAAAACUGCAGUAGAUUCUUUGAUGCUCAAGGUGCUACUGACUUGUCCACGUCUUGUACUACCGACUGUCGGUCGAGCCUACAUGAAUUGGCUACAAGUCCCUCUGAUCAAACUGUCUUGACGUGUUCCUGUGCAGACAGAGACUCGUUUGCUUGCCAGAAUGUGAUGAGAUAUCGGCCAGUCUUUGAACACUGUGAUGUGACAGCACCCCCUCCUGCUGCCCAUACACCCACCAUUGCUACUACUACAGGAGAUAUUGGAGGAGGGACGGGUGUGGUGGUAAAUGUGCCACUCGUUCUUUUGUCACUUGCUGUUGGAUCUGUUUUGCUGAUGCUGUUCUAGACCUUGUAGAGAAGUAAUAGUCGCUGUUAGUGACCUGGUUUCAUGCUGUUAAUGAUGGAUAGUGCAUGUUCUAUUAGUGACAUGAUUGCAUACAGUUGGAGUUGUUCUACUUGGUUAGAUGAAGACUGAUGUAGGUCACAAAAACCUUUUA